GUGAAGGUGGUCAUGACCAACAGAGCCAGAGCCAGAGGAGAUAAAAAUGGUUUUUAAAAUGAAAUAAAACUAAAGAAUAAACUAUGAAAGGAUGUUCUCGUUUACAGCUUACAUUGGCUAUCUUAAAACCAGAUUUGUUGACCAAUCCUGUCUUUUUGAAGAGCGUUAAAGAUAGAAUUUUGAAAGAAAACUUUUGGAUCUUGAAAUGGAAGAUUUUACAAUGGCAAAGGCAUGACGCUGAGUUGUUUUAUCAAGAGCACAGAGGUAAAUUUUUCUUCCAUCGUUUGGUAUCAUUCAUGAGCAGUGGCCCGAUAAUGCCAAUGGUUCUGUCAAGGGAUGAUGCAGUUUCGCACUGGAGGAAUGUCAUGGGUCCAACAAAAACAACUAGGGCAAAGCUCACACACCCUCAAAGCAUUCGUGGUAUGUUUGGCCUCACUGACACAAGAAAUGUAGCUCAUGGCUCAGAUUCUGUUGAAAAGGCGGUGAAAGAAAUGAAGUUCUUUUUUCCUGAUUUUAAUCCGUCCGAGUGGAUAAAAAAUAACGAAGAAGAUUUCAAGGCGGGAAGAGUUGUUUUUGACGAAGAAUUGGAAAUUCACAGACGUGAUGCGAGUUAAAAUUUCAACACGAAAUCGUCCAAAAAAGGCCAAUAAAGUGAAAACUGACUUGUAACAUGGCCGGGGGAUGUCAUGACUGUCAAACGAGGGACCAUGACUGCCCAUUUACAGUGGACAAAAAGGAUCAAAAGGUCAUUGGAUUCAGCGUUACAGUUGUGAAGGAAACACGAUACUCAUUUACGUCGAAAAGGUAAUAUUGACUGGUGUAUACUAUAAUCUAUAAUUUUCAUCGGUACUUGGUACUACAGUCUACAACAACACAACACACUUUGGAUAUAAUUUAUGCCUCCUUAAAACCAAUAUAUAUAUGAAAGAAAGAACGUCUUCUAUUCUCUCUGUACAUUUCUAUAACUUCUAUAUCUCUGAGUGAAAUAAAACUCUACA